GAGGGCAGGCAUGAUGGCUGGACCAGGAAGUGGGCAGAGUGCAGGCAUGAUGGCUGGACCAGGAAGCUGAGAAUUUACAUCCUGGCAGACUUGGCAAACCAAGCCGAGGGAGCAAACUAGAAAUGGCGUCGAUUAGCAAGGUAAACGUAACAGAACCAUGGCUCAGUUUCCAACACCUUUUGGUGGUAGCCUGGACAUCUGGGCCAUAACCGUGGAGGAGAGAGCCAAGCAUGACCAGCAGUUCCAUAGUCUGAAGCCGAUAUCCGGAUUCAUCACUGGUGACCAAGCGAGGAACUUUUUUUUUCAAUCUGGGUUACCUCAGCCUGUCUUAGCACAAAUAUGGGCCCUCGCUGACAUGAACAACGACGGGAGGAUGGACCAGGUGGAGUUCUCCAUAGCCAUGAAGCUCAUCAAGCUGAAGCUCCAAGGCUAUCAGCUGCCCUCUGCACUGCCCCCCGUCAUGAAGCAGCAGCCGGUCGCUAUUUCCAGCGCACCAGCAUUCGGUAUAGGAGGAAUGGCUAGCAUGCCACCACUUACGGCUGUUGCUCCAGUGCCCAUGGGCUCCAUCCCCGUCGUGGGAAUGUCGCCACCCUUAGUGUCCUCUGUUCCUCCAGCAGCAGUGCCUCCCCUGGCCAACGGGACGCCUCCCGUCAUCCAGCCUCUGCCUGCGUUUGCUCAUCCUGCAGCCACAUUGCCAAAGAGUUCUUCCUUCAGCAGAUCUGGUCCAGGGUCACAAUUAAACACUAAAUUACAGAAGGCACAAUCAUUUGAUGUAGCCAGUGCCCCUCCAGCAGCAGAAUGGGCUGUGCCUCAGUCAUCGAGACUGAAAUACAGGCAGUUGUUCAACAGCCACGACAAAACUAUGAGUGGACACCUAACAGGUCCCCAAGCAAGAACUAUUCUUAUGCAAUCAAGUUUACCCCAGGCUCAACUGGCUUCAAUAUGGAAUCUUUCUGACAUUGAUCAAGAUGGAAAACUCACAGCAGAAGAAUUCAUCCUGGCUAUGCACCUAAUUGAUGUUGCCAUGUCUGGCCAGCCACUGCCACCUGUCCUGCCUCCAGAGUACAUUCCUCCUUCCUUUAGAAGGGUUCGCUCCGGCAGUGGGAUGUCCGUCAUAAGCUCUUCGUCUGUGGAUCAGAGGCUGCCCGAGGAGCCGGCAUCAGAGGAUGAGCAGCAGUUAGAGAAGAAGCUACCCGUAACAUUUGAAGAUAAGAAGCGGGAGAAUUUUGAGCGCGGCAACCUGGAGCUGGAGAAGCGCAGGCAGGCCCUCCUGGAGCAGCAGCGCAAGGAGCAGGAGCGCUUGGCCCAGCUGGAGCGCGCCGAGCAGGAGAGGAAGGAGCGGGAGCGGCAGGAGCAGGAGCGCAAGAGACAGCUGGAGCUGGAGAAGCAGCUGGAGAAGCAGCGGGAGCUGGAGCGGCAGAGAGAGGAAGAGAGGCGGAAGGAGAUCGAGAGGCGAGAGGCUGCAAAACGGGAACUUGAACGGCAGCGGCAACUUGAAUGGGAGCGGAACCGGAGACAGGAGCUCCUGAAUCAGAGGAACAAAGAGCAGGAGGGCAUUGUGGUCCUGAAGGCCCGGAGGAAGACUCUGGAGUUUGAAUUGGAGGCGCUGAAUGACAAAAAGCAUCAGUUGGAAGGAAAGCUUCAAGAUAUCCGAUGUCGGCUGACGACCCAGAGGCAGGAAAUUGAGAGCACAAACAAGUCUAGAGAGUUGAGAAUUGCUGAAAUCACCCACUUACAGCAGCAGCUGCAGGUGAGCUCCAUGUCUGUAGGAAGGGGGAUUCCUGAGUUCCAGACCAUCAAGGACCAGCUGCUGUUUGUCCGCAGGAAUCCCCUCCAGAGAGACUCACUUCUUACCCUCAAAAGAGCCUUGGAGGCAAAAGAGCUGGCCCGGCAGCAGCUGCGAGAGCAGCUGGACGAGGUGGAGAGAGAGACCAGGUCAAAACUACAAGAGAUCGAUGUCUUCAACAACCAGCUGAAGGAGCUGAGAGAAAUACACAGCAAGCAGCAGCUGCAGAAGCAGAAGUCCAUUGAGGCAGAACGGCUGAGACAGAAAGAGCAGGAGCGGAAGAGCCUGGAGUUAGAAAAGCAAAAGGAAGAGACUCAGAGACGAGUUCAGGAAAGGGACAAGCAAUGGCUGGAGCACGCACAGCAGGAGGAACAUGCGAGGCCUCGGAAACCCCACGAGGAGGACAAACUGAAAAGGGAGGACAGCGUCAAGAAGAAGGAGGGCGAAGAGAGAGCCAAACCGGAAGUGCAGGACAAGCUGGGUCGGCUUUUCCAUCCGCACCAAGACGCAGCCAAGCCAGCUGUCCAAGCACCCUGGUCCAGCGCAGAGAAAGGCCCGCUUACAAUUUCUGCACAGGAGAACGUGAAAGUGGUGUAUUACCGAGCGCUGUACCCCUUUGAGUCCAGAAGUCACGACGAAAUCACCAUCCAGCCAGGAGAUGUAGUCAUGGUUAAGAGGGAAAGGGUGGACGAGAGCCAGACUGGAGAGCCGGGGUGGCUUGGCGGAGAAUUAAAAGGGAAGACAGGAUGGUUCCCUGCAAACUAUGCGGAGAAGAUUCCAGAAAAUGAGGUGCCCACUGCUGCCAAACCAGUGACCGAUCUGACAUCUGCCCCUGUCCCCAAACUGGCUCUGCGUGAGACCCCUGCUCCUUUGCCAGUGACCUCUUCCGAGCCCUCUACAGCCCCCAACAACUGGGCAGACUUCAGUUCCACGUGGCCCGCCAGCACCGGUGAGAAACCAGAAACGGAUAACUGGGACGCAUGGGCAGCUCAGCCUUCUCUCACCGUGCCCAGCGCUGGCCAGUUAAGGCAGAGAUCGGCCUUUACACCAGCCACGGCCACCGGCUCCUCCCCAUCUCCCGUCCUCGGCCAGGGUGAGAAGGUGGAGGGGCUGCAAGCUCAAGCCCUCUACCCGUGGAGAGCCAAGAAAGACAACCACCUGAACUUCAACAAAAACGACGUCAUCACCGUCCUGGAACAGCAAGACAUGUGGUGGUUCGGAGAAGUUCAAGGUCACAAGGGGUGGUUCCCCAAGUCCUACGUGAAACUCAUUUCAGGGCCCGUCAGGAAAGCUACAAGCAUCGAUCCUGGCCCUUCUGAAAGUCCUGCUACCCUAAAGAGAGUGGCUUCUCCGGCAGCCAAGCCAGCCGCUCCUGGAGAAGAAUUUAUUGCCAUGUACACUUACGAGAGUUCUGAGCAAGGAGAUUUAACCUUUCAGCAAGGGGAUGUGAUUUUGGUUACCAAGAAAGAUGGUGACUGGUGGACAGGAACGGUGGGCGACAAGUCCGGAGUCUUCCCUUCUAACUAUGUGAGGCUUAAAGACUCAGAGGGCUCUGGAACUGCUGGGAAAGCCGGGAGCUUAGGAAAAAAACCCGAAAUUGCCCAGGUUAUUGCUUCCUACAUCGCUACUGGUCCUGAACAACUCACCCUGGCUCCCGGUCAGCUGAUUUUGAUCCGAAAAAAGAACCCAGGUGGAUGGUGGGAAGGAGAACUGCAAGCUCGAGGGAAGAAGCGCCAGAUAGGCUGGUUCCCAGCCAAUUAUGUCAAACUUCUAAGCCCUGGAGCGAGCAAAAGCACCCCAACCGAGCUCCCCAAGUCCGCGGCGGCGCUGCCAGCAGUGUGCCAGGUGAUCGGGAUGUACGAUUACACCGCACAGAACGAUGACGAGUUGGCCUUCAGCAAGGGCCAGAUCAUCAACGUCCUCAACAAGGAGGACCCCGACUGGUGGAGAGGAGAAGUCAGCGGGCAGGUGGGGCUCUUCCCGUCCAAUUACGUGAAGCUGACCACGGACAUGGACCCAAGCCAGCAAUGGUGUUCAGACUUGCACCUCUUAGAUAUGCUGACCCCGACUGAGAGGAAACGGCAAGGCUACAUCCAUGAACUCAUUGUCACAGAGGAGAACUACGUGAACGACCUGCAGUUGGUCACAGAGAUCUUUCAGAAACCGCUGAUGGAGUCUGAGCUGCUGACAGAGAAAGAGGUUGCUAUGAUUUUUGUUAACUGGAAGGAGCUGAUUAUGUGUAAUAUCAAAUUGCUGAAGGCGCUGAGAGUCCGCAAGAAGAUGUCAGGAGAGAAGAUGCCCGUGAAGAUGAUCGGUGACAUCCUGAGCGCCCAGCUGCCACACAUGCAGCCCUACAUCCGCUUCUGCAGCUGCCAGCUCAAUGGGGCUGCCCUCAUCCAGCAGAAGACUGAUGGGGCUCCGGACUUCAAGGAGUUCGUCAAAAGACUGGCAAUGGACCCUCGGUGCAAAGGGAUGCCACUGUCCAGCUUUAUCCUGAAACCUAUGCAGCGUGUCACCAGAUACCCACUGAUCAUUAAAAACAUCCUAGAAAACACCCCUGAAAACCACCCUGACCACAGCCACCUGAAGCAUGCCCUGGAGAAGGCAGAAGAGCUGUGCUCCCAGGUGAACGAGGGGGUGCGAGAGAAGGAGAACUCGGACCGGCUGGAGUGGAUCCAAGCCCACGUGCAGUGUGAAGGCCUUUCUGAGCAACUGGUGUUCAAUUCGGUGACCAACUGCUUGGGGCCACGCAAGUUUCUGCACAGUGGGAAGCUGUACAAGGCCAAGAGCAACAAGGAGCUGUACGGCUUCCUCUUCAACGACUUCCUCCUGCUGACCCAAAUCACGAAGCCCUUAGGCUCUUCCGGCACCGACAAAGUCUUCAGCCCCAAAUCUAACCUGCAGUAUAAAAUGUACAAAACGCCUAUUUUCUUAAAUGAGGUUCUAGUAAAAUUGCCCACCGACCCUUCUGGAGAUGAACCCAUCUUCCAUAUUUCCCACAUCGACCGAGUCUACACCCUCCGAGCGGAGAGCAUAAAUGAAAGGACUGCCUGGGUGCAGAAAAUCAAAGCUGCCUCUGAGCUCUACAUAGAGACCGAGAAAAAGAAGCGUGAGAAGGCGUACCUGGUCCGUUCCCAGCGGGCAACCGGUAUUGGAAGGUUGAUGGUGAACGUUGUAGAAGGCAUUGAACUGAAGCCCUGUCGAUCCCAUGGAAAGAGCAACCCAUACUGUGAGGUGACCAUGGGCUCUCAAUGCCACAUCACCAAGACAAUCCAGGACACACUGAACCCUAAGUGGAAUUCCAACUGCCAGUUCUUCAUCAGAGACCUGGAGCAGGAGGUUCUCUGCAUCACCGUGUUCGAGAGGGACCAGUUCUCACCUGAUGAUUUUUUGGGUCGGACAGAGAUCCGAGUGGCUGACAUCAAGAAAGACCAGGGCUCCAAAGGGCCCGUUACGAAGUGUCUUCUGCUGCACGAGGUUCCCACGGGAGAGAUUGUGGUUCGCCUUGACCUGCAAUUGUUUGAUGAGCCAUAGCAGCCCUGGGAUGAUCAUAGAGGACUUCCUUCUCUCAAGGCCCCCCACGCUGUCUGGUGGUCAGCCACGGGCCAACGGGGACAGCAUGGACAGAAGCCCCUCAGGGCUACUAGAAUUAGUUCUCGACAAUCCUGCCCUUCAAACCAUGUCCCAUUUUAUGAAUCCAAAUUCCCUUUUCCUUUGUCUUCACUACAGGUCUCAUCAUGGCUUCUAGAGUCUCUGAAAUCCAUGACCUUCAACUAGCUUCCCUUGGGAGCCCGGCUCUGUCCCUGGGCUGGAAGUGUGGGUCUGGUUGCGAUAAAAGAGAUUUAUAAAUGCAGUGACUGUAUUUUGGAGAACUUGUGUAGGCCUCCUGUUUCUCACCUCUACAAGCCGCUUUGUAGACUACCUGGCCGAUGAUGCCCCGUGCGUGGUGUGUUUAGUCUGACUGAACUAAGUGAAGGAAUCGUUGCUGCUUUGGCGUCCAGCUCCCCCUGGGAAAUGGGGCCCUGGACUGAAUGCUGGGCACAAUGGCUCCUGGAGCAGACACUGACUUGGCUCUCUGGAGAGCUGUUACCGGAAGUUUCUCGAGUGUGCAUUAGACCACUUCAGACCUCAACUAGAGUCUAUCAGUGAAAAGGCACUGGUGUACUAUGGGGUGGUUCAAGGUGUGCUUGGAGGAUGGUUCUGGAAGCUCAUCUGUGACGUUCGGUCCUGAUGCGUUAGGUCUACUUCGGGUCACUGGGAAGGCUCAAGGACAUCAUGGAGUCCUGGUUGCUGACUAUUAUCAGAACAUUGUCUUUGGGCUUGGAGGUCCUGAGGAGCCCUGUCUGGUGACCAGCCUGAGCUGAUUCUGUGGUUGAAUGCACUGGAUCCUGACUGUUGCGGGAAACUUCAACAGCAAGCUGUCUUUAGUGGUCACCCCAGGAAGUCAUGCCUUAGAUGGAUGAAGUCUGAAAGAGAAAGGAUUCAGGAUGGAGUUGGGAGGUGUGGAGAGAUGCUAAGAAAAUCCAUUACUUGGUGGUGGCGGGGAAGACCUUGGGAACAUGUGAGCCCCACACAUGGGGUAGGAAGAUGGGAAACUCUUCCCAAGCUUUCGUGGGCGUACACACCAACUUCUUAAUAAUAGAAACACAUGAACUUUUUUUGCUAGAGUCAGGAGUGUGUGGACCAAGUUUUUGUUUGAAUGCUUUAGGUUUUCUUUUCCUUAAGUGCUAAGAGAUAGGUUGGUUAACUAGAUAACUUGAUUUGCUAAUGACAAGUGUGGGCCAACUUUUGUUCCUGUGCUGGCAUCCUCACACUCCCAGUCUGUGGUCAUGAUGUGUUCUUUGCAUGUCUCUGGAUCCCGGGGCCAGGCUUUCCUGUGGUAGGUGGUGUUCUUUUUUACUGUAGGUCCCCAGGAUCGAACUAGGGUUCUAGAAGUAUCUUAUAAAUGAUAGUGUCUCCGUGGCAGAAUAGCCACUCUGCUGACAACUGAAUGCUUCAUGUGAUCUCCUCCCAAAAGGUCUCUCUCUGUCCAUGUAUGUGUUUCAAGUGAUUUUUCAAAAAAUGUAUGUGGGAAAGGACAACAAAGUUUACAUUUCAUACUUUUGAGAAACACUUAUUAUUUAUUUAUUGAAGAUAGUGUUGACUUUUGUAUCAAGAACAACAGACAUACCUAUUUUUUUGAAUCACACCAAUAAGCUCUUCAGUUAACAGCUUUCAACUGAACAUGAGAUAGACUUAGUUUAACAUCAGGCAUGCAUUGGCUUACCACUUCCCAGCAGAAAACACUCUUAAAACACUUCACGUUUGUGUUUUUUUUUUUUUUGUGUGUGUGUGUGUGUGUUAUUAAGAAAGUGUUCUAAAUGAAACAUAUAAAUAGAUCUGUAGGUCAUGCUUCCCUGUUUCUCUAACCAGGAGGCUUUGCUCGGUAUAUUGAUGAAGGACAUGUUCCCAUAGUGUGAAAAACAAGUAUUCAGUUGCGAUUGGCUAGAGUUGGGUCCCCAUCCCAGCCCCUUCCUUUCUGUCCCUUAGCCUUUUUCUCCUCGUUACUUUCUUUUCAGGUUAGCGUUGAACGUCAACGUUCCCGUAGGAAGGCUGAGGCAUGUGUGGUGACCCCUGUAGGUUGCUUACUCGUAGAAUUCCAUGAUUAUAGCACGAAAAUGCAGUCUGUGGGUCUUUCCCCCAGGUGACUCUCCUGGACAUCCUUGGGGUUGUCCCGGGAUUAGUGUCCUUGUAUCUACUGUUGUCAUUUGUCAUGACUGAUUGUACUUCUGGAUGAGUUGGGCUGACCUUCAGACCCAGCUGUGACUCCAGAGUCCUGCUGGGGAGAUGGAGUGCUGCUAUGACCCAUGGGUGACACAGAGUCUCAAACCCUUGAUUCUUGACUCCUUAACUUCUCUUUGAACAGUCAGGCUCCAUUUCAUACGAAUGGCGUAUCCUUGCCAACAAAGGAAUCUGAGUCCCAGCCGCUUGCUUUGUGAAUGCUUGCCCAGGCUAUGCCUCCUGGCAUCCUGAGCUAGCCCUUCAAACAUGCCCCCUCCCAGAGGCAUUCCUCUUCUCUGAGCCACACUGCCAGUACCUCCCACACUGACCUCUCCCUCAGAAGGGGCUUUCCUAGAAAGUGACUGUGCUCUGGUCCUGAGAAUGAUGCUGAGAACUCUGAGGACGGAAGCUCCUUCACUGGGCUUUCCUCGUGGGUCAUUGUCCCAAAGGGUCAAUUCUGGUCUCUGAGGCAGGGCUGAUAUUUUGUCCCCCUAGAAAGUGGAUAGAUAACUUUAUCUCUUGGGACUAGUUUGCCGUGUCCACAAGAGUUUGGAGACAUAUGUAAUUCGUUCGGGUCUAGGUCUACCCUAGCUGGAACAAAAGAGAUCUUUCUAGACUGGAGUCACCAGGAAUGCUAGAGAAACUGGGCAAGGAUGCCAUUGUCAACUGUUUGUAUAAUAUGUCCCUAUCCGUGGACAGCAAACAAGAAACCUCUCUCCCCAAAGAACAUUAAUGGGAAAUGGGCAUUUUCCUUCCUUGUUUUGAGACAGGAUCUCACUGCAUAGCCCAAGCUGGCCUUGAACUUAAGAUCCUCCUGUCUCAGCCUCCUACAUGCUGGAAUUACAAGCAUGUGCCACUGUGCUCAGCUGUUUUCAUAUUUAUAAACAAAAAUAUGACUUUGGUAUAUAAGGAUUUCAUCUGGGAGAAUUGACCUGAACUUAACUGGAAAAAGAAAAUCUAAGAGAACCCGGAUCAAUGGAUCCCUCCCAUUGCUCACUACAUUUUUGUUUGCUUGCUUGUUUUCCGGAGACAGGGUUUUUCUGUGUAGCCCUGGCUGUCCUAGAACUCACUCUGUAGCCCAUCGGUGUGUCCAGGAGGUCAAGGGCACUUGUAAAAGUCAUUGCAGGUUGGUCUUCCUAGGGGGUGCAGCAGUGACCUCCCAGGAGUUGGCUGGGCAGGAGUAGACUACUGACCUCAUAGAGUCCAGGAUGUUCCAGAAUCCCGUGAGUCUGAAAUCAAGGGCGGAUGGAUGGGGUCUCCCUGGCUUUAUCUGAAAGGUGAAGUACUUCAGCUGGCUGAGACCGUAACCGAGAGACAAAGAGGAUCUGUACACCAAGGAAUUAUUUUCUAGCCCUUCGGGCCUUUCGAUGCUUAGAAGAGGCUGGAAGUGUGAUGGAGUCUUUUAUUCUGCAUUUCCUUUCAGGAUCCAGGUGUGCUCUGGAGUUGGGAUCCCCGCUUCUGCCCUCUCGUUCCUGGAGUGGCCCCAUGGGCCUGAAUUCUUGUGUUUUCCUUUAUUUCCAUCUGGUCUCUCCAAAGACACAUUGACGAUGACAUUUCUGGGCACGCUGUACUGGUUAGGCUUCUGUUCUCGGACAGACCUCAGGGCAGAAGUUGCCUUGUACAAGUGGUGGGCACUUCUUUAGAAGAGCCCCAACCUUGCUGGACUAGUAGGAAACAGCAAGGAGUCCCAGUGUGGGUACUAAAGAUGCCAGUCUGUCCACCCCUCCACCUCCUGGACACAGUUCCCGUAAGGAGGGCCAGGGCUUGACCUUUUCCAACUACAUUGAUCGCCUACCUGCCUAGGGUCCCUACCUGCAGGGGCAGGGAUGCAAGGUCCAUGGGGCCAGGGUGAUGCUGGAAAGCAGAAGAAAAAAGGAGGAGAGAAAGAAGGAUGGACAGAAGGGAGGGAGGAGGGAGAGCAGGAGAGAGGGGAGAAGGAGGAAGAGGAAAGGGAGGAGGGGGAGAAGGAGGAGGGGGGCAAGGCCAGGCAGUCAAAAAAGAUCUUUCAGCAGGCUCCCUCGGCUUUUUGAGCACUUGGCCUCUCAGGCUCUGAAGGGCCAAGUGAGAGCUGCUUGGAUUCAUGGCUCACCCAUGGCCACAUCCUCCUUUUAGGAGUUAAAGGACCACAUCUUCGAAGAAGAGCCUGGCGAUCCCGCCACCCCCACAUGCCAGGCAGUCAUAUUUCUGAAGAUGUGACAGCCCGACUCUCCUUGUCACAGAGGCUUCUACCUCCAGGGUAGCAGCCUUCUGAGGGGCAAGUUCCCUUGACCCCUGGGGCAUUUUAUUGUAUUCUGAAUGACCCCUAUUAAUGAAUGUUGCCCUGUGAUGGGCCAGUCUAGGAAAUAAUAAAAGGCUUCCUGUUAGUUUUGAGUUGGAAUAAACAACUGGCUGGUCGCCACAGAGAUUCUUCUCUCCAGUUCCCUGAUACCUGGAAAGCAGUUGUUAGAGCUAGAGGAGGAAGUUCUAGAGGCCACUUCCCCACAAGGCACUGCACGAGGUCCCUGUUUGUAGGUCUCCAGGAUCAACUAAGAUGUGUAAUAACUUCAUCUCCGAAAGAGCCAGGAAAGACUUUGUCCUUGAGAAGCACAGCCCAUGAGAAAGAUGGCCAUGGUCUCAGCUUCUCUAACUCGAGAAGCCGGCACCCUGGGCAGUCCGUAGUCAGGCGCACGAACACGGUCAGCAACGCUAACGGUGUGUGGUUCCUCCAGGGGCUCCCCCAUCCUGUCCAGGCUCCCCCUUAGGGGCUGGGAGGCAGAGAAGCCAACUUUGUGGCUUUCAAGCCAACUUGUAGAUCUUGCAGGCUGAGGAGAUGGCCCGGUCAGUAAAAUGCUCGCCGUGCAUGUCUGAGGACCUGAGUUUGAUCCCCAGCGUCCGCGUAAGAAAGCCCGGUGCAGCAGCGUGUCCUGGUAAUCCCAGUGCUGUGGAGGCCGAGACAAGAGGGUCCUUGGGUUAGUCCCCUAGCGUCGUGAGUGAGCGAUCUGGUCUUAAAGGAUAAGGUGUAGAGCUGUGGGGAAGACAUUCAGGGUUGAGAUCUGGGCUCCAUGCGCAUGGGCUCCUGAACUUACAUAUGCGCAUGUGCACGCACGCACGCACGCACGCACGCACGCACACAGGCGUGCACACAGGCGAGCACGCAGGGAUGGAAGCAUUAGUGUUCACCUCCAAAUAACGACUUCAGUUCUACGUAAACUUUAACUAGUUCCUUCAUUAAAAGGAGCUAGUCAUUUAUAUUUUGGCAUAUCAUUCUUCCAGCACUAUGUGGCUAUCCUGUUUCAGGGUAACUUGUCCCUGUCCUGUGCCAGGUCCUUUAUAUUUUAAUACCAUUCUGUUCCGUGUUCUGGACCAACCUGGAUUCUCACUGUCAUCACAGUGGUGAGUAUUUUAGUGUUCAAAGUCCACUCAGGAGAGCUGCAUUCAUAGUGGACUUAUUCUGUCAGCCUUCAGAAUACCAAGCGUCCCUCUGGGGUUUCUGGAGAGCUGGUCAGGCACCAAGGCUCCUUUUUAUGCUGUGGAGAUGCCUCUUUCCCGCUGGAACCGCCUUAAACUUAUCAUCUUCGAGAUUGUCGUCCUCUGGUUUUCUGUCUCUACAGCUGUACUCUUUCGCCGUUCUCUACUCAAACUCAGAUUUCUUAUUUCCUCCUGUUCUUGGUGAAAACAGAGUGGGGACCCCAGAAAAAUAGGAGCCCAAGUCUGGGUGGUGGCUUGCGUGGCAGAAGCUGCCUUUCCAUUUGCAGUUUCCCCAGGGUCCCGCUGUUCCUAGACGGUUCGAUGGGCAGGUCCCAAGGUGGUGGCGCCUCCUGCUGCCACCUAGCAGCAUUGCUCCUGUGUGACGCACAAGGACCUCUAGUGAGGAGGGCAGAGAAAGGGCUGGAACCUGGCAGGUGAGCGCUCUAGCGCUCGCCCAGCCUAGCGGUGAGGGAUGGAAGUUAGCAUGAACCCAGAGCUGGGCAUCUAGUGAGUGGGAUUCCUGCCUGCUGGGGCUGGGCUGGCCAGAGGUCCCUUCUCGACUUCCCUACCUUUUCUGUGUCUACUUCAGAGGGGAGCUCAGCAAUUCCGUUCUCCACGGAAAAGGGCUGGCCGCCCGAGGGACUCCUAGAAGUCAUGUGGCAGUACUCAGCUGGAUAGCCGAGUGUCUACCCCAAAACCUCAACUUGGGAUAUUUUAAGUGGCAAACGUUGGUGAGAUGCAGUCACUGGUUGCAUGGCGCGUGCCUGUGAGCAAGCGUGUAUGUGUGUGUAUCAGGCAUUGGGGAGGGUUGUGUGUCCGACUGAAGGAGAUGGGAAACAUGUUGCUCCACCCUUCCUGGCACUGGAUUCAGGACCAGCUGGUAAUGUGUGACCUCUCUAUUCCAAAUGAUUGGGGAUCUCAGUAGUGACAGCUGAGGGAGAGCUGAGCUGGGUCUGGGUCCUCCUGAGUGUGGGCAUGCACCUGUCCAGGCCCAACACCCUGGGUCUGGCCUUGACUACCCAGUAGAUGUGGAAGGGCUUCUCUAUGUCUCUUUUCUUUGGAACGGUCUCCCUGGCAGACUGCAGAGCUGGGGUGGUGACUGUGUCCCUCCUUUCUUCCCGGCUCCCUUCCUUUUCUUUUCUUUUCUUUUCCUUUCUUUUCUUUUCUUUUCUUUUCUCUUCUCUUCUCUUCUCUUCUCUUCUCUUCUCUUCUCUUCUUUUCUUUUCUUUUCUUUUCUUUUCUUUUCUUUUCUUUUCUUUUCUUUUCUUUUCUUUUCUUUUCUUUUAUCUUCCUUGCAGUGCUAAGGAUCAAAGCCUCAUGCAUGCUUAGGAAGUGAUAUGUUUUUCAACACACCCCUCUUUUAUCUCCUAAAAGUACAAACAGUCCGGGAUAAUUAGAGCACACAGGACCCCGGCUCACAAUUGCAUGCACCCCUGAAUGGACAGGGAGUUCUGGUUGAUGCUUUCUCAGGUCCCAGUCCAGGUUGUGUCACUGGAUAUCAGGCAACCUUUGAGCCUUCAAAGUCUAAUUCUGUGCUUUGAAAUAAAGCCUGUCCCUUAGUCACCCACCAGGGGCUGCUCUCCCUGUCUCUCGGGUCACACAGGAUUCUAAACUACUGUCAUGGAGAAGAUCACAGAAGGGUGAGUGUCCCUGCCCCAGUGACUGGAUGCUGGUUCCUCUAGCUACCAUUCUCUGGAGAGGGGGAGUGGUUGGAGCCUCUCUGCCCUAGAGGCCAAGUGCCCUCACACGCUAGAUCCCCCUUGAGGCUUAUGGGUGGCUUUUGGGUGACGUUAGUGAAGAAGAAAGCGUCUGCUGUGUGUGUAACCUCUGAGUUCUAGAUGACCAGGGCUCCAGGAAGGCCACGGCUCUGGAGCUGCCCCAGGGCUCCAGGGAGGCCACGGCUCUGGAGCUGCCCCAGGGCUCCAGGGAGGCCACGGCUCUGGAGCUGCCCCUCGUUGCUGUGUGUGUUCUGUUGUAUAGCUCUGUUGUACUGGAUGCUCCAAGUCCUCUGAGGCUCCGCUUGCUUUUUGCAGAUGUAGUCUACAUUUCUACACACGCAGAGCAAUAAUCCUUCCCGAGUUUCCUGGUUCCACUCCUGUAAUCCCAGCGCUCCAGAGAUGGAGGCAGGAGGAUCAGGAACUUAAGAUCAACCUCAGCUAUAGAUGAGUUCAAGGCUAGCUGGGCUUCAUGAGACCCUAUCUCAAACCUAAAAAACACAAAAACUGACGGAAGGCCCUAUCCGUCAUGGACUUAAGUCACCUUAAAGGAAAGCAAAUUCUUUCCAUGGGCCACACUCCCUGGGGGCAUCUGAGCACUACUGUGUCAGCAUCCAUUUAAUGAACGUUUUGUAAUGCACUUCAUCAGUUAACAUCCUUAAACUGUUACUUGCUGAAUAUUUGCUGUGUCAGAACAUUCUCGAAAGGGCUCAAUGGUCAGACGUGCAUUUAAGUGAGCAUCCGCUGUUAAUGGCCCCAGGUCUCUGGGAACUGAGAGAUCAACCUCAGAUCUGGUCCACGCAGCCCACAAGCUGAGGCUGCGCCCCUGCCCCUGUGCACAGCCCGGCGUACAGGGAGCGGGCUCACAGUCACCGAGUCAUGCUGUCUUAGCUCUUCCUGUCCUCACCAUCACACGUGCUGACGGGGAACACAGGUCUACAUACCUGUACAGAGGGGAGAGACCGCCACAAAAUGACCUCUGUCUGAUAGUCAGCUCAGAGCUCCUAGGUUUCUGCAUCGUAUGCAGUUUCCAAUAAAGAAAAAGACAGAAAUCCACUACACAAUGUGAAAAGGUUGUGCUCUGUAUGUGGUCCGUCAUGAAAUCUCUGCUGUAUGUUUUUGGGAAUGACGAUUAUAUGUAUAUACAGUCUGUGAGAGGCCAUGCUGCUCAAUGUUGCGUAAACUUAACAGAUUCUCUAGUCUGAAUAUGUAACUUGUUAUUGUAAAAUGUGAUUUCUCAUUGAGAGAUUAUUUUUCUGUAUGUAUAUGAGAGUAUUUUAGGAAUCUAAUUUAAGUGCAUAAACUAUAGAAGAAGCUUAAAGACAUAUUCCGGGACUAGAUAUGCUUGAUCAGAUCACUGGGGUUCAACUCAACUAAAUUUUAUUAAAAAACAAAUCCAAGUUGAAUGUUUAGGAAUUCAAAA